AUGCCCGGCGAAGCGAGACAACUCCUUAAGCAUGCCGUCGAGGCAGCGGCAGACGAGGCGAAAACCGGCAAAUCGUCUCAUGAAGCCGUCAAGGUCGGCGCAUACCAAGCCCCUGGCCGCAUUGGAGACCCAGGUAUGGGCAUGGAGCACGAUCCAAGAGUCAACCCGAAGUUGCUGGCCGCUGUCAGACCGCUCGGAAUGGACAAGUUCCAGGCACCGCCCGGACUGGCCAAAUUGACGGAAAACUCGAGUAUGGAGGAGAUUGCUGAGCUGGUGGAUGAAUUCGAGCAGGGAAUUAUGAUGGUGUACGGUGGUCAUGCCAUCUCACUGGACUUGCCCAGUGACAAGGAUAUGAAAGUUGAGAUGACAGAGGAGACAAUCAAAGGUGGAGAUGGACAAGACAUGAAAGUCUACGUUUACCGUCCGUCGAACCAGGGCGACGAGAAGCUGCCCGCUGUCGUCUACACGCAUGGCGGCGGCAUGGUCCUCGUCGCCACCAUGAACCCGGUGCACGACUUCUGGUGCAAGGGACUCGCUUCGCAAGGUCUCGUCGUCGUCAUGCCCGACUUCCGCAACGCUUAUACGAAGGAGAAGUACAACCAUUUUCCGGCUGGACUGAAUGACUGCGUCGCGGCUGUCAAGUGGACCUCCGCCAACAAGGACCGUCUCAAGAUCCGUAACAUUGUCCUGAAUGGCGAAAGUGGCGGGGGAAACCUCGCGUGCGCCAUCUCUCUGCAGGCCAAUCGUGACGGAUGGGUGAAAGAGAUCUCCGGCGUCUACCCGAUUGUGCCAUACAUCAGCAACCUGUACGGUGCCAGCGCUGAGCGGAAGCUCAAGGAACUCCCCAGCUUGGUUGAGAACCAUGGGUACUUUUUGAACAGCUGGAGCAAUGCGUUUCUGGGAUACUUCUACACCCCAACCGACGAGGGCGCCUCUGACCCUAUCGCCUGGCCGUAUCAUGCUACCGAAGACAUGAUGAAGGGACUGCCACCUCACGUGGUGGUGAUGGACCAGCUGGACCCUUUGCGUGACGAAGGCUUCUCCUACGCUCAGCGGCUGGCCAAGACGGGCGUGCAGGUGAAGUACUCGAUGAACAUUGGCGUGCUGCAUGGGUCUGCGCUCUUAUUCCGCAGCGCUCUUCCAGAGCUGCACCUGGGGAUGGUGAGGGAGGUCGCUGCGUUCGCCAAGUCCUUGUAG